CUGGUUUUCAUCGUUUUUUAAGAUCGGCAGACGUUUUUGUACCACUUAACACUUUUUUUGUGGAUAUGAAAUGCAUGUUUCUUCCCCCUCUUCUACAAUUCACAUACUCCAUAGACAUUUGGUUAGUGUUUAUGCUGUAUUCAUUGAGUUCCCUCACUUUCAUCCCCUUUCAGACCCACCUCAUAAACCCACAGAUGACACUACUGCAGAGGAGUUCAGAGAUCUUUUGAAUCUUAACCUCAUCAGUUACUUCCUGGCCUCCAAAUAUGCCCUGCCCCACCUGCGACAGCGCCAGGGGAACAUCAUUAACUUGUCCAGUCUGGUGGGCUCCAUUGGUCAGAAAAAUGCAGCACCAUAUGUAGCCACUAAGGGGGCGAUCAUUGCCAUGACAAAAGCCAUGGCUGUGGAUGAGAGUCGAUACCAAGUGAGAGUCAACUGCAUCUCCCCUGGUAAUGUGAUGACACCUCUGUGGGAGGAGCUGGCUGGACAGACUGCAGAUACCUUAGCUACCAUUAAAGAGGGAGAGAACGCUCAGCUGCUUGGUCGAAUGGGGACAGAAGCUGAGAGUGGGUUGGCUGCUCUGUACCUGGCUGCUGAUGCUACGUUCUGCACUGGGAUAGACCUGCUGCUUAGUGGAGGGGCAGAACUCAACUACGGCUACAAGAGCCAGGUCCCAUGAGCAGGCCUGUCACUCCGGGCCUUGUGCCUACCUGACCAAUAACAGGACCUGUUAUGUUCUAUUGCCAUCCUGCUUGUGAUUAUUGAACCAAUCACCCUGUCUUAUCCAUAGCCACGGGAUGUGGAGGUGCUGGAGAUGGUACGAGAUAGUGGUGAGAUGGUAAAGCUGCAAUAAUUUGUGUUGUUGCAAUAAAAACGAUGAAACUA